CACCCUUCUUCCACGCCGGUGGAAAAUUGAUUCCCUUGUCUUUACCUUCGUGACUCGAGUAGUCUGUGUGUUUUCAUCACGAUGUACGGUAGAGACUUUACAAGGCUAAGACGUAGAGACUUUACAAGGCUAAAACGAUUAGAGUUUUGCACGAUUACAUUCUCACGAUCACACUAGAAACUCUUAAAAUGAAUGCUGAGUUUAUCCUUCGAGCGGGUUUCGCCUUUGUGGUCAGUAUUUUUAUUUCAAGAAGAGGAUUUCGGAGUAAAUCUCUCGAUCUCUCAGGUGCUUUGGCGGCCGUCUUGGUUGGGUUUGCCUGUGCUCUGAGUAGUCUCUGCUUCUUUUCGUCGCUUCUCGCCUUCUUCCUUAGUUCUUCAAGACUCACAAAUUUUAGAGCCGAAGUUAAAAGAGAACUAGAAGAUGAUUUUAAAGAAGGAGGCCAACGUAACUGGGUUCAAGUAAUGUGCAAUGGAGGCAUCGCCACCUUGGUGUCGCUCAUAUAUGUGGUAGACAAAGGAUGUGGAGAACGCUACAUAGACUAUGCCCAUGACUUUGAUGCCUCAUUGAUGGCUAUGGCUGUAUUAGGUGCCUUGGCUUGUAGCUGUGGAGACACAUGGUCAUCAGAAAUUGGCACCGCCAUAAAAAGUCACACCCCUCGUCUGAUAACAACCCUGCGCAAGGUUCCUGUGGGAACAAAUGGUGGUGUCACCAUACCAGGAACUGUUGCUAGCAUGACUGGAGGUUUAUUUGUCGGAUUAGCCUAUUAUGGGACCCUGUAUCUUACAGUGCUAAUGCGUGUCAAGGUUGAAGUACCUCCGCAGUGGCCAAUCAUAUUUAUUGGACUUGUUGCUGGCUUCUUUGGAUCAAUAAUAGACUCAUUUCUUGGUGCAACAGUGCAAUAUUCUGGCUUCUGUUCUGUCAAAAAGCAUGUUGUGAACAGACCUACUGCAACCGCCAAGCAUAUCUCUGGAAUCCUCUUGCUAGACAACCAUGCAGUUAACCUUGUGUCCUCAGCAGUUACUGGCUUUGCAAUGCCCAUAUUUGGGUACUAUGUGUGGAAGUAUGUUAAUGACAGCAACCACUUGGUAGUCAUGGAUAGCUGACCCUUAGUUAAAUCAUCAUUGAGUUCUUAAAUAGUACAUGGAAAAGUACUUGGAUAUAAAUUUAUGGUUUAAAAGGCUGGCAGGCAUUCUAUUGCUUUGCAAAUUUUACCACUUCCCAUCAUUUUAUUUAGCAACCUGAAUAACUCCUCAUUUUAGUUGGUGAUAUAAGAGAAAAGGGUUAACAAGAAAAAUAAAGCUAGAAAUUCAUAGAUUUAAGUCAUGGAUUAUAUUACUUUUGUUGUCACAACAGGCACAUAACAGCAGGCAUAAUACUUGUAGGUCUGAGUAGCCCUGUUUAUAUUUAAAUUCUCCAAUUUCUUUUUUCGAAUUGAGGUUUAAAACCUUGUAGAUUUAGAGGGAAACAGGGAGCAAUUUGGAGACAAUAUUUAUACAGCUACGAUCUGUAAUUUUCUCUGUUUAUCGCAAUGACAAACGCAGUCUGGAACUCUUUUCAGUUAGGAUAACAAAAUAUUUAAAACUGGGCUCUGAUAUAAAAGCCAAGGUACACCGCAUAUUUAGUGAUACAGGUUUUAGAGCCAUUAAAGAGGCACAUUUUUAGACAAAUCACCAGAAACAUAUAUGUUUUUGUUUUAAUUUAUUACAUAAAUUAUAAACUAUUUAAAAGAAAGGAAGUUGUGCCAGUUUUUCAAUUAAGAAUAUUUUAGUAUUGAGUGCAAGAUAUAAUUUAGUUAAAAAAUAUCAAAUGCUGUAUAGUAGUUUUCUGUAUUUUAGAUCUGUAAUCUGGCACUGUUGUUUGAUGCAUCAAUGCAACAUAAAAUAAAGAAUUUUUGAGUUUUGA